GCUCACAUUCUUCUUCUUUCUCCACUAGUCUACUCUCUCUCCACUCCUUCAUCAAUCUCUCUCCUCUCUCCCUUCAUGUCGGAAGAUUUCACAGAUUUCAUCUACCGGCAACCAUUUCAAGAUGACAAACGCCGCACCACCGCCGCCGCCUUCACAAACUCCGGCAGCCAUUCCUCCGCCUUCGACGAUCAUUCCUCACUACUCAUCAACAACAAUCUGCAAAUGUUCGAUCCUACCUUUGCUGAAUUUCUUCAUGGAUCCAACGAUCACACCUCAUUCUCCGUCGCCGUAGACGAUCAGCGGAUACCGGCGGAGGCGGCGCCGGCCACGCCGAACUCCUCGAUGUCGUCGUCCUCGGCCGAGGCGGCCGCGGGCGACGAAGAGUCGAAUAAGGGCAAGAAGGAAGCGAAGGAAACCCUAGAAGAUGAAAGCCCCAAAAAAGACUCGAAGGCGAAGAAGAAAGGAGAGAAGAAGCAAAGGCAGCCAAGAUUUGCUUUCAUGACCAAGAGUGAAGUUGAUCAUCUAGAAGACGGGUAUAGAUGGAGAAAAUAUGGACAAAAGGCAGUCAAAAAUAGCCCUUAUCCAAGAAGCUACUACCGGUGCACGACACAGAAAUGUCCGGUGAAGAAACGCGUGGAGAGAUCCUACGAAGACCCUUCGAUCGUCAUCACAACUUACGAAGGGCAGCACAACCACCAUGUGCCGGCGACCCUCCGUGGAAAUGCGGCUGCAUUGUUUGCCCCCUCAAUGAUGGCCCCACCGCUGAUCCCAUUGGAAGGCCAGGGCUUCCCUCAAGAGUUCUUGUUUCAGGUGCCUCACCUAUACGGCGGCGGCGGCGGCAGCGGCGGCGGCAGCGGCAGCAACAAUAUGUUUCAUCAACAGAACUUUAGUAGCUUGCAUCAGCAGCAGCUCCACCACUUUGUUGACUACGGACUACUGCAAGAUAUAAUUCCUCCAGUUUACCCUAAAGAGGAGGCAUGAGAGAGAUCUUGAAACUUCGUAGCUUUUGCUAGAGAGAGGGUUUCUUUGUUUAUUUAGAUGAUGGUGUAUAUUUAUUUUACUGACGGUAAGAUACUUAUAUAUACUUAUAUCGAUCGAUUGUCUGCACAUAGACAUGACCUUGCUAGUGUAGUAUUAUCUCUCUUCUUCUUCAUCUUCUUUCUCAUCUUAAACAAUAGCUAAUGUAAUAAUAGUACAUUUUGAUGUGCAUGAAUUUAUAUUUUCGAAGCUA